GAAAUUUCAUUACCUCCCUGAUUUGCAUUUUGAAGGGUAGGGUAAUGGUUCACUUCACAUGUGGCUGAAAAUAAAACUGAUAAUAUUCUGUUUUCUGGAAAUUGUUUUAUAAGCUAUAAUACUUACGUUUAAGGACACUCGCUAAAAAGCAAAUUACUCUUAUUAUUAUUCAGGUAAACCUGGAUAGUACUGAAUCUCACAACAUAAAGAUUUAGACUAAAAAAACGAACAAAAAAGAUAAAGAACACACGAUUUGCAGAAGUCGACAGAGUGCAGCAGGCAAAGGCGCACCAGAACCUGGUUAAUUCGAACAAUUUGACAGCUAUAUGUAAACUCUUACGACUUCCAUCACUAUUAUUUUGUGUGUAUUCUGAGAAGUGUCCUCGCGUAUUUGAUGGCUUGAAGCUUCGAACGCUUUCGAUCGUAAUGUGUUGUGUAAUGUGGUAGUAUUUUACGUUUAGAAUAUAUUUUAUUUGAAUUUGUUGAGUGUCCAGUAUCCUCACAUAAAAGAAAAAUAUUUGUGCCGCAAGUAGUUGUAUUGCCAUGGAGAGAAGAUACUAUGGUCUUCUCGGACUCUUUUUGACAUUUCUUAUUCGACAAGCUGAAUCAGAUUUGUUUUAUGAUCUGUUCAGUAAAGACCCGUGUGAAUCGUUUUGUGACAAAACAUAUCCCUCAAAUACACUAGAUAAUGUGGAGCAUUCUUCAUGUUGUUGUCGAGGAUGCAGAUUCUUCAACUUAGUGCAUCUAGUAGAGGACAGAGAUAAUGUGGAUCUGAAUGUUACUAAGGAUGCCUGUCAAGCAUCUUGCAUGGAAGCAUAUGUUCAUACAAAGGACAGAUAUGCUUGCAAUAUUGGGUGUUCACAAAUGGCCAAGCAAAAACAGGCAGAGCUUCACGUAACAUCCAUCUCCUGGUCAAUGUAUGUUGAAGAUGGCAACAGUGUUUUUAUGUUACAGCCUGUGGAUUUUGAACCCGAUGAUGUGCUGACAGAUCCUGGAUUGCGCCGACAAUUAGAACAUAGUUGGGGUUUUGAUGGAGAACUAUCUGGUGAUGAUGAUGGUCGUAUACCUGAAACACAUGUUCGCACUUUGCCUAUGGAUAAUAUGGUCGGCAGAGGGUCUGGUGGUGAAAGCAAUCCAAGUAUUGUCUCGCUUCACUCGCGAAUGAGUGGUGACUGGUUGGAUUGUGCAGCUCGCAAGAUUGGAUUGCCACGGAUGGUCUUGGCUGGUGUAGUUUUGUUUGCUGUGCUCAUGGCAUUGUGGCUGUGCCUUGCCCCUGACAGGCGUAGCAAUAGUUCUAACAUUGAAUAUAUGCAGCCUCUAGAUAUGGAUGAAACCAAAGAUCUUUUGGAACCACCUCCUAAAUAUUCCUUGCAUGUUGAUCGUAUUUGAGAAAAUAAAAUAAUUUAUUCAUAUACAACUUAUUAGUCAACACAAUUGAAAAGUUUUUGAGAAUCAACACAACUGUCCUAUUAGGUUAAGCCCAUUUGGAACUUAUAAUUUGAAGUCAGUUAGUGAGAAGUGAGCAGUUUGACAUCUGAGUGAAAGAAAGUAUAUAUGAGUUUUGUUCACAAUUCAACAGUUUCUUUCAGAAUGUGAGUUUAUUCAUCAGAAGUUGUAGAUAAUAUUAUAUUCGCAAAAGUAAACUAUUGAAUUAAAUUUUAAUAUGCAUAUUUUUAUUCAAAAAUCAGUACUUGGUGCUUAAUAGAACUUGAUGUAAUUCAAGCUAUGAAAAUGAACCUUUUACUGCCAAUGUUAAUGGAUGUAAUUGAAAUAAACUAUUGAUUUCAUUUUGUUACAAAAUGUAUAUCAAGAAUUUUGUAAUGAAAAAAGAUUUAUGUUUUAAAAGUUAAUAUAAAAGGAUUAUUAGUAGAGGAGAGAGUGUAUAGUUUUCAUUGCAUUAAUAUUGUUGAGAAGUUCCUUUAAUUCACAUAUUAGUUGGUAUAGUGUGCUAAUUAUUACUCAAGUUUGAGAAUUUUUGGACUUUUGAUAGUAGGACUUAACAAUUUAAUAUUUCUUGUUUAUAUUUACAAAAUAGAGAACCGAUUGCUGCUACAGACUGUAACUAAUGGUGUAAGUUACAAAUCUUUCUUGAGAGGAUUUUAAAUGCUUAAAUAGUGAUUUAUGUUGCCAAUGAACCAGUUCAGAGCACCUGUUAUCUAUGUUAUCACAAUAUAGCCCCCCCCCCAAAAAAAUAAAGAAAAAAUUACUAAAACAUUUGACUGUCAACAGAAAUAGUUCUAUGUAGUUGUUUUGGAUGUAGAUUCUUUGAUGUAUUGAACAAGGCACUAUUUUGAAAAGGUUCUCAACUGAAAUAGUGAGAGAACUUCAUUAUAUUCAAUAUUAUUUUUUAUAUGUGUCGUUCUUGAUCACAUUAAUUGUAACUUUGAAAUUCAUACAAAUUGUAUAUCCCAGAUCAAUUGUAGAAAUAUUACAGUAGUGAAAAUGUUUGUAAUGAUUACAUUUGUUUGUUGAUUCUGUGUAAGAUGUGUUUUCAGAAGCAGAAAUAUGUCAAAAUGUGAAGUUUAGAAGCUAUGUAGUCCUAACAAUUUCAUUAAAAUUUUUGUUUUCUGUCAAAUUCAGGAUUUUAAUAUUUUUUGAUAAGCUUACAGAUUUUUAACAGAACUGCAACACAAGAAACAAUAUCUUUAUAUGGAAAAAUUAAUGUUAGUAAUCUUAAUAUUAGUUUUCAUUAAGUUGACCUGUUGCAGUAUCUUAUUUAUAAUAUUCUUAAUUUUACAUAAUUUUGACUUUGUCUCGAUGCUCAUUAGAAAUGUAAGCCCAGUGGUUCUGGAAAAUACUCUUGGAAAAAUGGAUUGUAUAUUUAAGGUAUAUCACAAACUUUGUGAUUUAGAAAUGAUCCUUACAAUACAGUUUCAACUAUUGGGGACCAGUGUAUGUCGUUAAAUGCUGAAGUACUGAAUUAAAUUGAUGUGAUUUGUCUGAAAGCGUCAGCAUGUAAUGGCGUAUAUGCUUGACAUUUUUUCAUACUGCUUCACAUUUGAAUGUGAAUAGUGCAAUACUUUGGUGUAUCAGUUUUAGUGUUUCAAUGCUAGUCAUGGGUAUUUUGUGAAGCUAUAAGCAUUAACCAAUAAUGUACUAGUCAUGUUUUUUGUGCUUUGUUUCAAAAGAUGUUAAACAGUAUUGCAACUAAUAGACUUAUUGCAAAUUGUUUCUUUGAUUGUUUUAAAUAAAGAUUAAACCUCACA